AUGCUUGUCGCAACAAGCCACGUGACGCGGUCGCGAAGGGACCAGAGAGAGGGCACAUACGUGUCCACGACUCGAAAAGGCCAGUACACCGUAGUGGGGGCUGCCUGUUGGAGCAGCGGUUACACUUUGAACACUCCACGUGGAGCGAAGAGCUGUUCCCUGCGCAUGCGUCAAGAUGAGCUACCGCUGCCCUGCCUGCAAGUGCCAUGUACCGGGGGUGACUUUGUGUCAGGGGAGCAUUUGGAUCAUAGUGCUUCUAGCAACGUCAGUUCCAAUGAUUCCGAGAAUGCAAGUUUACCAUGUGAUGCUGAUGAUUAUACAGUGCGUGAUGACACCCAGGAGGGAAGUGAUGGGAAUGUGUUGCCUAAGAACGUUGGAGGUGCAACGUCGCCCGAACCACCCUUCAACGGCAGGGAUGCAUUCGCGCAUUGGUUGCUAGCCAACAACAUCUCCCAAAAGGCAAUCAAGGCCUUGUUUGACAUUCUCUUCCACCAUGCAUUUGAGCUCUCUCAGCUGACAGGAUGGAAGUCUGCGCGCGAUGUCCAACAGUACGUCGAAUCACGGGCCCCGGAUAAGCAUCGCGGUUGGAGACGCAAAACCGUUCGAGCGGGGAACAAGGCGUGGCUAGAAUAUUGGUACUGCGAUGGACUCGUCGCUCUUCAGGAUCUACUUAAGGACCCCAAGCUCGCUCCAAAGAUGAGCAUGGAGGCUCGUGUCGUUAAAGAUGGAGUCAUGCGAGUUUUCUCAACACCCGAAACCGCGCUAUGGUGGGAGGAGCUUCAAAGGAAGAUAGAUGAAGUGAAUCCGGAAGGUGUUGUCGCUGCUCUCAUUCUUGCAAGUGAUGAGACCCAUAUGGAUCAGCGUGGAAAGGCUAAAGGGCAUCCUGUGUAUUUGACACUAGGAAAUAUUGACAAGGACGACAGGUGGAAGCCCUAUGGGCACGUCUUGCUUGCCUUGCUCCCGGAGUAUCCCGCAGAGUAUGAUUCCCUAGAUAGGACACAAGUCUUCCAUUACAUCAUGAAUGAGGUGGUAGCGGGGUUGAAGCGUGCUUCUCAUACGGGUAUAGACAUGGUCGACUCGACGGGGAAAACAAUCAACGUGUGGCAUGUCACGGAUUACCCGGAAUCGUGCAAGGUAACGUGCACGAAGUCGGGUUCGACGAACUUUCCUUGCUCGCUAUGCAAGGUUCACAAGGACAAGCUUGCGCUGUUCACCGAUCGCAUUCAAGCGCGGACGCCAUCGGAGCAACGCUCCAUUGUCCACUCGGUGCGGACAAACACGAUCCAGCCGGAUCACGAUGAAGCCAUUUCGACUCACCCGGUUCAGAGUUACCUUUGGGGAUGGCGGUGGGAGGCGGAGAGCUUGCUCAACCCUUAUCUUGCGGUGCUUCCUGUUAUCAUGCAUCAAGCCGACCUAGGCCUUUUCGAGCACAUUGUUGAUAGCAUUCGAGCGCACAUUCGGGAACACUAUCCCAGGAAGAUGAAGUUGCUAGACCAACGUCUAAAACAGCUUAGAAAGUCCACCCGUGGUGGAUGCAUGAGGCUGCCAUCGGGUGAAUACUUCGCCAAAGAUGGAAGCUUUGGUUUCGUACAUCGAGUGGUACUUGGAGUGCGCACGUGCAAGCGAGCACACCGAUGGCAGUCUGCUCGACUUGAAGACCAAGGCUCACCGGAUGCUCUACGGUUUGACUACACAUUUCCCGCAGACAUCGAACUGAAACUUCAUCAAGAUGCAUCUCGUCAGCCACUUCAUAGAUACGAUACGGCGUUCGGGCUUGCCCGACCACUACUCUGCACAACUCUACGAGCAUUUGCACAUCGAUCCAUUGCACCCAUGCUAGCCAAGAAGAAGACGUACGACACAGCCAUGAUCAAGGCACAGCGGACAGGCGUGCGUGUGCUCUCGCGACGGUCUUGGCUCCUACAUGUCCCUCGCGGUCGGACAGUUGCUCCUUUUUGCGUCCCGAACGCCGCACAACCAAAGCGUGACGAAAAGUUGGAGAAGGAGAUUAGGGCAGAUUUGGCACACCUAAGAUCGGCCCUCGACGCUGCCCCGGCGUGCAACAACAAGGGCGAGAACAUACAGAGCAUACAGGCUGUAGUGGGGUAG